AUGGUUGCAACUGGCAGUUUGAGCAGUAAGAACCCGGCCAGCAUUUCAGAAUUACUGGACCGUGGCUAUCACCCAGAGAGCCUGCUAAGUGAUUUUGAUUACUGGGAUUAUGUUGUUCCUGAACCCAACCUCAACGAGGUAAUAUUUGAGGAAUCAACUUGCCAGAAUUUGGUUAAAAUGCUGGAGAACUGUCUGUCCGAAUCAAAGCAAACCAAACUUGGUUGCUCAAAAGUCCUUGUCCCAGAGAAACUGACCCAGAGAAUUGCUCAAGAUGUCCUACGGCUUUCCCCAACGGAACCCUGUGGCUUGCAAGUUUGUGUUAUGCACAUGAACUUGGAAAUUGAAAAUGUAUGUAAAAAUCUGGAUAGGAUUGUGUGUGAUUCUAGUGUGGUGCCUACUUUUGAGCUUACACUUUUAUUUAAGCAGAACUGCUCAUGGACUAGAUUCAGGGACUUCUUUAGUAGAGGUCGCUUCUCCUCUGGUUUCAGGAGAACUCUGAUCCUCAGCUCAGGAUUUCGACUUGUUAAGAAAAAACUUUACUCACUGAUUGGAACAACAGUCAUUGAAGGGUCCUAA